UAACAUGCCUAGACUCGUCCUUAUAAUGUUAACUUUGUUUAGUAACACAACCCACAGGAAUAAUGAAAAAGUGGUCUAGUCUGGUGCAGUGUUUUAGAAUAAACGAAGAAAUGUUUCUGUAUUGCCGAAGUUUCUGAAGCGAUACCAACCCUACCCGUGCCUGUCUGAUGGCAACUAUUUCAAAAAUAAACAUUUCUGUGUUGACUGUCUGGAAUACCAGUUUACUGAGUGUGCAAGCAAAAAUUUAAGGUCGUUUAAAAGUUUUUUUAUGAGAAAAAGAGACUAAGCAUAUGCCAUCGAUUGAUAAAACACAAUAAAUAGAAUUACUUAAAAUUAGCUAAAAUAACAACAAUCUAUACCUCGUCGUCAAUACACUAUUUAUUUUGUAAGCAUGUGUGCAUAUAUUUUAUAUCGUGUGAUUGUUUAGAAAUGCUUUAAAUUGUUUUAAAAUGGCGGGCAUUAAAGAGGAGACGGCUCCCAUAAAAUGUGGACCGUGUCUGUUUGAUGGCAAUACAGUGGAGCCCAGGUAUUUCUGUGUGGACUGUCUGGAAUACCUGUGUACCGAUUGCAUACGAGAUCACCGGAGAAAUAAGUUAUUACGUGAACAUAAAAUACUCGAGCAGGAUGAACUUCCACAGGAUAUAGAAUUAUUUGAAGAAAUGAAGAAAUUAUCUUAUUGUAACAAACACACAGAUGUCGAAAUAUACCGAUACUGUCCAAGUCAUGGAGUUUUAGUUUGCAUGUAUUGUCUGCAAAACGAUCACAUACUCUGCAAAGGUGUUUCUGACAUUUCAUGUGUGCUUGAAGAUGUAUCUAAAAACGUGGAAGGAAAUUUUAUUGAUCUUCAAAGUAAAUGUAAAGCCAAUUACACUGAAAUGAUGAAAACAAUAGAAACAGCACAUACUGAUAUCAAUAAAGUAAAGCUAGACAUAAAUGAUGUUAUUCAUAUAUUACAAUACAACGUGGACAUUUUAGAAAAGACAUUGAAUGAACGGCUGGAUAUUGAAAUGCAGAGUUUAAGAUUAUCUGAGAAAAGAAUGUCAAAUCUUGAACAGAAGACGUCAUAUUACGAAAAUUUACAAGCUAUAACUUCUAAGUUCGGAACACCGACACAGAGUAUUGCUCUUAACUUCAAAUUAUUGACAUUACUAAAGGAAUUCCAGACGGAUGAAUCGGUGAAGUCGAUACGGGAUAAACAAAUUCAAUUUAUUCAACCGACAAAGGUAGAAGAUCUGAUAACCAUGUUACAUCAAUUAAAUGUAGUGCGCACACGCAAAUGCAACGAAGCCUCGGAAUUGAGCAGUGAUGAUGCAUCGCUGUAUGUGGAUGAUGUGAAAUGUAUUGAAACGAAUACAAAAGAUGGAGCAAAACAACUCGAAGAGUCAUUGGCAACAUGUGAAAUGGUACAAAAGAAAGAUUUGAGUCGUUUGAAAGUUAUUCAUGAUCGAAUAAGUUUGUUAAAGUUUGAAAGUCAGCACACUGAAGAAUUGCAAACUAGUGUGGUAGCAGCAGAUUUUCUAUCUGAUGGUAGAUUAAUAUUGUUGCAACAAGAAAAUACUUUGCAAUUAUAUUCGAAAACGCUAUGUUCUACUUUGCAAUUAUAUUCGAAUAAGCUAUCUUUUACAUCCAAAUUCCAGUUACAAAACAACGUUAAAGACAUGUCUGUUGUAGAACAAAACAAAAACGGAUCUUUCACAGUAGCUGUUUGCUUUGAUCAGUCGAGUAAAAUAUUAUUCUUAGAAUAUGAAAGCGAAUUUCUUCAAAAAAACAUGUAUUAUUGCAGCGACAGUGUUCUCAGUAUAUCAAUGUAUGUUCAUCAUAUGGUAGCCCUUGUUGAACGGAACAGUGAAAAAUCAUCCUAUGGAAUUCAGCUGCUGGAUAUUCCGACAGGUCACGUGUGUUACGCCUUUGACGAGUUCAAGCUCUCCUCGAGCCAAAAUAAUGGAAAAUGGUCCGUUGUGAAAUUAUCUCAACCCAACAGAAUAUCUACAUGUAAAACGACUAUGAAAGUUAUAGUAGCUGAUAGAAAUACAAUAUACCGUUUUAACAUCAAAGAUGGCGAAUGUAAUCGAAACACAUUUUAUGCAGUAGGGCAAUGUUACUACGAAUCAAUGUACACUAAAUCUCCGGUACUGAUGAACGCUCACGAUGUCAAGUGUGAUACACAGGGAAAUAUGUAUGUAUUAACAAACGAUGGCUUCUAUCAGUUAAAUAAGGUGAAUACAGUUCCGAAAAGGCGACGUCUUAAUUCAUGUCGCGGAAACGCUACAUCAAUAGCAAUAGAUGAAAUCAGGAAUCGGUUAAUAGUAGGUUACAUGAAUGCAGAUCGUGCGCACGUGUUCGAUUUCAUUCUUCCCACAGACACAUGAGAUGUCUGCAAUUAUGGAUUUCUCUGAUAAUUCUGUCGUCAUAUGUAUUGCCUGCAGAAAUAUGCUGGUGACAUUUCUCGUUUGAUUAUAUUUUUGGACGUGAUAUAUUGUUUUUGGAAGUAAAACUGAUUUAGCUUUUGU